AAGAGGGCAGUAAAGCUGUCACACAGCCAAUCCAACACAGUCUCAUCAUACGCACAGAGACCAUUGUCAUCAGGCCGAGACAGGCUCACUGCCACAGCUCUAAGAGUUAGUCCAGCCUCAAGCCGGUGUCAACAUGCCUGCCACCAACAGGAUCAUUUCUGAAACCCGGAAGUCAGAUAAAGCGAAGAAGGGCAAAGCCGGAAACCCAGCCGCAGAAAAGAUCCCAGUCUAUGAGCCAAAUAUCCCUGAACCCAAAUGCAGAGCUGAUCUCAUCAAACACUGGAUUCCUUUAUCCUUGGAUGACAAGACAGCCAAUAAGAUGCUGUGGAUCACAGAGGGCGGCGCUAAAGUGGCCCGUAUGACGGAUAAUGUCACUUGUCCCGUCUUGGACAGACCGGAGAGAUAUGAGUGCACUCCACAGGUUCUUUGCAAAGAAGGCAUCCUGGGCUUCAGAGCCUACUGGGAGGUGGCGUUUACAGGGUGGGUUGUGGUCGGAGUCGCGUACGAAGGAGCAGGAAGGAGGAACACCGAUGGAUCCUGCGGCCUGGGGGAGAACGAGGAGUCCUGGGGUCUCGGGUGGAACGGCUCCAGCUACCAUUCCUGGUUCAACAGCAAAAGCACAGAGAUUGCGGAGGUUCCUCAGUGCUCCGUGAUCGGUGUGUAUCUCGACCAGCCUGCUGGCAUUCUCAAUUUCUAUGCUGUGCAGGAGUCGAAGGAAGGAGAGGAGGGCACGGGUGUGAAGGAAGUCGCGUUUUUGCAGCAGUUCAGGGGCUCCUUUAAGGAGAAAAUGAUCCCAGGGUUCUGGGUGGGGAUGCAGUCUCACUGUGUGAUUUUAAAGAAGGAGGAAUAAACGCUUCGGUUAAUAUCAAACAGUGUGAAGCUCACAUGGCAGAGCUCUGACUGAAUGAUGGAUGAAACUUUAUCAUACGGUAAUACAGCUACUAACAUGGCAGCGUGAAACAGAACGACUGAACACAACAACCGGGUCUUUUGACAUUUGCCCUCCAUGUUAUUGGAACUUUAGAUUUAAAGCGCACAUGCAAUACAGAUGGCUUUCUUACAGUAUCUCUGAUGCAGAAACAGUCAGUAGUUUGUAUAUUUCAAAAAGGGAGCAAUCAGGUAGGGAUUCAGUAAGGAUUCAUCCUUUGACCAUCCACCUUUUCUGAAACCACCGGACCAUGCACAGUUUGUACUGAUGUAUUUCUAUGUAUAUUUUUAUUCCUCCGUUGUAAUCCUGUGUUUUGUUUGCAAUGAGUGUAUGCCGAGUGUAUGUUAAAUAUGUACAAGUUUCAAUAAAUAAUGAGACACA